AUGGACUUUCCGAAGAAGCACAUGCUCGUUAGCGUCGACAACAAGGCCGUCAUCAAGGAGCGCAAGACGCAGUUCCAGCGCUUCACGGCUGCGCUCAUCGCUCUCCGCGCCUCGUGCAUCCUCGCGUCGCUCGACGCUGAUCGCACGGACGCGCAACUCGCCAAGCUGGACGCAAUCUUUGACCUGCUCCAGGAGUUUCUCGAAAUCCCGUCGACGCACGACCCGCUCGCGGGCUCGUCGCCGGCGUCGCCGACCUCGGACCGCUGCAGCGAGACGUCCAACGACUCGAGCUGCGACUCGUGCUCGAUCUGCCUAAACGACUUCAAGGCGUCCGGUGCGACGUACCACUACCAGACCCCCAAGCACAACGCGGCGCCGGCCAAGAAGGUCCGGUUCGCCCUCGACGACGACGACGACGCCGAAGCCGCCGACGAAGAAGAAACGGUGCUCAAGCUUCCUUGCAACCACUACUUUCACGAAGAGUGCGUCAUGUACUGGAUCGAACAAAAGAACUCGUGCCCGCUCUGCCGCGCCGACGCCUUUGAAGGUGUUAUGGUCUAA